GCCCCCCUCAAUUUCGUUCUCUUUGGAGGUGUCGAGCAUCGCUCUACGUCGGGGCUUGUUGGGUUGCUGCUGGGCUGAUUGCAGGAAGGGUGGUGUGGUGGUUUUCGACGAAGAAUUUGCUGAGGCCAGGACAGAAAGUGGUGGAAUCAUGAUGAUCCGAGGGGUGGGGCGAAAGCUGCCUUCGCUCUUCCGCCUCUCUUCUUCCUCACCUUACUCCGUCGCAUCUGUGGCUGGAAGAAAUUCUUGGCCUCAGGCUCCUUCCCUCGAGAGAGAAGCGGCCGAUGAGAAGAAUGAUAUGCUUGCAAGCUUCACCAGAAGCUCGGGAUUCACCGGCUACUCCGGUUUUUCUCGGGGUUUUGCUUCAGAUGCGCUGAGUGCAGGUUCUUCCACAGGAGGAUUGCCCGCAACCGUGGUGGCCUUGAAGAAUCCUACCAACCAGAUCGUUUAUGACGAGACCGUCCACGAAAGGCACAGUCCCGGUGACCCUAGCAAGAGGGCCUUCACCUACUUCGUGCUCACUGGUGGGCGAUUUAUCUAUGCUUCCGCACUCCGUCUUUUGCUGCUCAAGUUCAUCCUGAGUAUGUCAGCUAGCAGAGAUGUGUUGGCUUUGGCUUCCUUGGAGGUAAACCUGUCGAACAUCGAGCCCGGUGCUACCGUCACUGUGAAGUGGAGGGGCAAGCCUGUUUUCAUCCGACGCCGUACAGAGAGCGACAUUAAGCUGGCCAACACCGUCACCAUGUCUGAAUUGAGAGACCCGCAAGAGGACUCCGCCCGAGUUCAGAACCCCGAAUGGCUCGUUGUGGUUGGAGUUUGCACUCAUCUGGGAUGUGUUCCUCUACCCAAUGCCGGCGAUUAUGGUGGUUGGUUCUGCCCUUGCCACGGUAGUCACUAUGAUAUCUCAGGGCGAAUUCGAAAGGGUCCUGCACCUUACAAUCUGGAGGUCCCCCAGUACAGUUUCCUGGAAGAAGGAAAGCUUUUGGUUGGUUAGAUAAUGUCGACAAUAGGUUGUUAUGAAAAUGAGCCCAUGCUACACCAGCCCAUACUGGACUAAGGCAUUUCUGUGUAUACUAGAACGAGUGCGUAUUGCGCUAGUUCUCAGACCCAGGUUGUGAGUUGGUCCUUUUUGAAGCAAUUCCGAGCGAGGAGUUCCUUGGAGAAGUGUUGAGGGCGAAGUUUAUGCUUGUGGUGAAACUCAAACACUUUACAUUGAUUCUGUAGUGAUCCGAGAAAGGCCAUGUGUUGAUACCCCCACCCAUAUAGCUAAGUUUGGGAGGGUUUGAUGCGACUUGCAUUCCAGUUGGAUGAUGUCGAGAAUAAGAGUUAACCUGUUAAAGCACUAUGACGACGAGGGUUCCUAAAAGUAUUUUUGUUAAGACGUUAGGGAAGAUUGUGAGGUUCAUUCUCCAUAUUGGCUUUAGAAGCAAAUAGCAAACUGAGGCCCGAGGAGGAAUACUAUCGUUAACUUUGACAACUUUACUUCUUCCGAGUAUUCUUGACGUCUCGUCAUGAUCAUGCUUUGACGCCCUGUUGUCUGUCCAUGCCAUGCAAUUGAAGUAUUACCUGACCU